AUGCCGCCACCGCCGCCGAAUGAAGGCACUGACGGCUCAAAGACAUGGACAGCGCCGCACCUCUUCGACGACGUCAGCGAAGCGGAGGCGGAGCGCUGGACCAAGAUCCACGAACACCUGAACCGGAACGAGUUCCGAGCCGCCAUCAGCACGGCAUUUGAGCUGAGCCCAGGCGACAAUUUCACCUACCAUGCCUCGGCCAGUGUGAAUUUGGCCCAGGUCGAGGCGGCGAUCCGUGCUGGGCGAGCGAACGGGCUGCACGCGUGGUACGUGGAGCCUGUCGGCAUCAAUCAUGAUGGAGCCAGCGGUGGCGAUGGCAGUGGCAGUGGCAGUGGCAGUGGCAGUGGCAGUGGCAUCAAAGAUGCAAGUGCAAACGCAGACGACAACCUUGACGACAGGAUCCCCGGCCAUCCCUCGCUCCGGGUGGUGGGAUAUCCUCCGCAAAACGACAUUCAAGCAUACGUUUCACUGUUCGAUCCGACCAAGUCGUCGGCGAACAGUCUCAAAUCGCUAGCUGCGAAUGCGAAAAAGUCGUCCAUCCGCGCCACCGUGGCAGAGUAUCUCUUCAGCAAACGGUAUUUGGACAAGUCGAUCAACGUGCCGAAAUUCAAAGCGCAGGCCAAAGCACAAACGCCACCCAACUCGGCGCCCGCCAACGCAAAACUCGGCCACGCGAACCCGGCGCUCGACUUCUGGGCCUACGCGUGCCAUGCGCUCGAGUACGGCGGACCCAACACCAACACCGCGCUGGUCAAGACCGCGCACCACGUGCUACCCGUGUACAUGCACCAUUUCGGCUGUGUGGUGCCAUCAUGGGAGGCGCUGCAGAUUGUGGCGAAGCUUGCGAUAUCGGCGGGCUCGGGCUCUGACGCUUCUGGCCCUGGUUCUGCCUCUGCCUCUGGUUCUGGCGCCGUUCUCGACAUGGGCAGCGGCAACGGAUACUGGACGCUGAUGCUGCGACGGCUCUCCGUCAGCCACGGCUUCGACUUGGACGUGGUCGCCGUGGACAGCGGACAGAGCCGAUGGCGCACGACGUGGAUCGCCGACACGGUGGUGGCCGACGGCGUGCAGUACCUACGCCGACGCGCCGGCUGCCCGGACCGCGUGCUGCUGCUGGUCUACCCGAUCGUCGGGGCCGAUCUGACGCGCCGGCUGCUCGACGCCUACACCGGCCCCGUGGUCUGCGUGGCCGGUACGCAGAAUGGGAACGGUUACACGGGGUUCAAGGACAUGACCGUCGACCAGUACAUGGCGACCUAUCGGCCACACUGGGAAAAGGUGUGCCAGGUUCCGCUGCCGAGCUAUGCUGGCAAGGACGAUGCGCUGUUUGCCUUUCGCCGGAAACCACUCUAG